AUGAGUUGGCCGAAGUUGCCCUCCCGUGUUGCCUAUCUGGCCCUGAGAAACGGCCGCAGGAGGAACGCGUUGUCUCUAGCUGUAUUACGAGACCUACGGAGCCAGCUCCACGCUUACAACACAUCACCUGCAGACGGCUGUCUCAGGAUCCUGCCUCCCUUCCAGCCAGGAAUACUCAGCGAACUAGAGUCGGCGGUCAAAAAUGGAAACCCGGACGCUCGAAAUCAGUACGACUGGCUUCUCGAAGCUGACAAGUGGCAAGAGCACCGAGGUGAACUGCCCAAGGUUAUUGUCUUACGCAGUGAAGGCACGGUCUUCUCAUCUGGCCACGACUUGAGCGAACUCCGUGCGCUAAGUCACGAUGAGGUGAAGGAGACUUUCCGUUUGUGCGCGGAAGUCAUGUCUCUGAUCAGACGGUCUCCAGCACCGGUCAUUGGUGUCAUCCAGGGUCUCGCAACAGCUGCCGGAGCACAGCUCGCGUUGACGACAGACCUUCCAAUUGCUGCUGCUACGACACACUUUCGUCUACCUGGAGCUAGUAUCGGCUUGCCAUGCACUUCGCCUUCCACGGCCGCCUCCCGCAGACUUGGCCACGCCUUCACCUACAGAAUGCUAGCGCUGGCGGAGCCCGUCCGUGCAGACCAACUUCCUGGAGGAGCAGUUGAAGUAGUAGCAGAUGAGGAAGCUCUGGAGAGACGGGUAGCCAGCACGGUCAGCCAACUUUCACAGACCAUUGCCGGACAGCCACAGGCUUUAGGCAAAUGGGGUUAUUGGACGCAACUGGGGCUGAAUGGCGCUACUUCUGCACAGGGUGGUGAUGGCUACGAGGAUGCAGUGUCCUGGACCGGCAGGCUAAUGGCAUUGCACGCGAGAUCUGCAGACGCAAACGAGGGUAUCAAUGCCUUCUUCGAGAAGAGGACCCCAUCUUGGAAGACAUGA